AUGGGCAAGAUGGCGUCCUCGGAUGUGGUUACCGAGGUUGAGAUUCAGCCCGAAAUUCAAGAAGUUGAAAUUGAAGCGAUACCCGUGGAAAUGCCGGUCGAAACUGUGGUUACUACGGUAGACUCUGUCGAGGGACAACCCAUGAUUGCGUUGCAACCGCUGCCAGAGCCCGGAAGGGAGGAGAUUAUUCUGCAAACCCAAGAAGAAAUCGUCGGCAGCAUCGACAACGACCACGAAGCGCUAUCUGGCUACGACAACAUCCCAGUCCCCGCACCCGAAGUUUUAAUAGAGACCAGUCCCAGUACGUCUGGGAAACGCGGCAGGAAAGGCAAAAGAGGUGGAAAAGGACGAGGUAUCGGCAGCGAGCUGACGUUUGAGACGGAUCGGAGUACCCGCAAAUGGGAGCAGAAACAGGUGCAGAUCAAGACGCUGGAAGGAGAAUUUUCCGUCACCAUGUGGGCGUCCGGAACGGAAGACGACCUGUCAGUUGCAGAAGAGUCUACACCUGAACCCGACCCGGACUACACGGAGUACAUGACGGGCAAAAAGAUUCCUCCGGGCGGAAUUCCCGGCGUCGACCUCAGCGACCCCAAGCAGCUGGCGGAGUUCGCAAACUCAGGUUCCGACAACGGCACCGGUCACUGGUGGGAGCAGGUGCAGUGCUCGAGCGUCUACACCCAGGAAGGAGCAAAGCCCGCACACAGGAUGAAGCCGCGGAAGCAGAGCGACGACGUGGCGAGGACGAUAGCGUGCCCGCACAAGGGAUGCACAAAGAUGUUCCGCGACAACUCAGCGAUGCGCAAGCACCUGCACACCCACGGACCCAGAGUGCACGUCUGCGCCGAAUGCGGGAAGGCCUUUGUCGAGAGCUCCAAGCUCAAGAGGCAUCAGCUGGUGCACACGGGGGAGAAGCCUUUCCAGUGCACGUUUGAAGGGUGUGGCAAGCGCUUCUCGCUGGACUUUAAUCUGCGCACUCACGUCCGCAUCCACACGGGCGACCGUCCCUACGUCUGUCCCUUUGACGGCUGCUUCAAGAAGUUUGCCCAGUCCACUAACCUCAAGUCACACAUCCUAACACACGCCAAGGCCAAAAACAGCCCGGGGCAGAGGCUCUCGGACGUAGACACUCAGAAGGUGACUUUCACGUUUGACCAAGAUUAGUUGUGGGUAACGUGACGUGUGAGAGCGACGUAGAGACAGUGUUGCUCACGGACGGUGCUCGUACGAGUCAAAACAUUUCCUUUGUAUAGAUUACUUUGGUACGCCCUGCUUUUUAGUACUUCCCUCCCCUUGUUUGUGUUCCUUUGCCGAGGCUUUGUCCAUUGGAGAGCGCGCCGUGUACAUAGGAGUUGUCUGUACAUAAAGUUUUGCUUUGUGUUGAGCCCGGUCCAGGGUGAACAUUUUUGGGAGAAGCGUGAAUUUUGUGCGUGAAAGGAUGACGUUGUGAGACUGCCUGGGCAGGAACAGGUGGAAAUUGCCCAGCUUUAUGGAAUCUGGGUGGAUUUCUUUCAAUAUUUGUCGGCUGUACCGUUCUCUGUAUUCAUUUCGUCCGCUGAAAGUUUGUUUCACCCCCUGUUUCGCUUCAGGAAAGCCAGUUGCUUAAUAAACGUGUGUUUGUUUAGCGCGACAAAAUGCAUUGCGUAGUUAACGAAAGGAACGUCGAUCUCUGUUAUUAAGAUUAGAAUUUCGAGUUGCUCUGACCCAAUCUGUUGCGUAAUACCCUUUGCUGAACGUAAACAACAUUUCUGAGAGGUAUGAAUGUCUGGGGGUGGGGGGAAAUACACACAAAUGUAAGUUGACAAUCUCCAAAAAGCACUGCUGAAAAAGAAAAAAAUCGAACAUCGGCCUUUGGGCCCGAAAUCUGGCGUCGUAAGUAAGUGUGAGAUGAACUAAAUGCUUUUGUGUACCGUUACCGUUCACGAUUCAUCAUUUGUGUGCCGUGCUUGUGUGUGUGUAUGUUUAUGUACAUAUGGGGUGACAAGAAGGGGAACGUUUUCCCGUUUCCAGUGGCCGAAGAAGCAACGUUUGUUUUGUCGCACGUGUACAACGAGCAUGUUGAUUUCUUCGUACGGUUUUGCAGCAGACAGGAGGUGUGUGUUGUAGGAUUAACUACAUUGUAACAUAUGUUGAUAAAAAAAAUAAAACAAGACGAGGUUGUAGCGUUUUGGGAAGUUGAGGGGCAGUGCUCUAUUUCAGGCUCUAUGUGCCCGAUUGUACAUAACGGCAUAAACAUACAUAUAUCCGAUCAUUCAUCACGGUUCCAUUUUGCUACACUGUGCGGUCGACAGCACCUUGUGUCCUUCGUGUGAGAUAUUGAACUGUGUGUGUGUGUGUAUGAUGUACAGAUAUCAUCUCAUGAUAUAAGAGAAUAAAAUAUGCUUUCUAUGCUACA